AUGCACCCCAUCCAGAAACAACCAAGCAGGGCAGCAUGUCUCGCUUGUCGCGCGCGCAAGAUCCGAUGCGAUGGCCGCCACCCAUGUAGCAGAUGCUCUCAUAAAGGAUUGAGUUGUGUCUAUCGUCCAAGCCGUCGCGGCGGAUUCCGGCAUCGUGCAGAGUCAUCCACCCACCACAAUAUCGCUCUGCAUCAUUCGCCUCACGAUCCCAAUGUAUUUCCUUCGGUAGCUCAGCAGAGUCUACCAGCCCCUACACAGAGACCAUCUAUCUCUGGCGAGGUGGUUGGAGAUUAUGAUCUGUCGGAUAUAGCUCAUCUACUCAGUCCUUUUAGUGGGAUCCGAAAUCUAGAUCUGGGCUCGAUAGAUGGGUCGGGUGAGGUGCUGGUGCCAGAUGUUGAGGGUAAUGUGUAUGGGACUAUAGGUUCUGCUCAGUCUUCACAUUUGCGCGUAUAUGCGUCUGAGGAAGAGAUAUUCGACUCUUACUACAUACAUAUUCACCCCUUCCUUCCGAUUCUCCAACCCCCUCUGUCGGACCAAAUCACUGAUCGACCAGUAGUGGUUGAGGUUCCGAGCAUUAACACCGGAAGUAUUGAUAGAUCUUCACUGCCGCAUUGGCCUGCCUCGGCACUCACAUUGGCUAUCUCUGCUGUCCUGGUUUUGAUACCACUUCCUCAAGAUUCAGAUGCAUUUAGCGAUUCUAGUGUUCAGUCGAGACGUUCAUAUGCACAGAUGUAUGCAGAAGCAGCGUUCAGUGAAGUCGACAAAGAGAUGGACCGUAUAUGUCAAGUUUUACUUCCGAGACAAGCAAUGGCCUCCUUCAACCUUUCACAGUUGUCUCCUGUUCUAGCCCUUGUCCUGCUGAGCAUAUACGAGUACUGCCAGAGAGGAAAUGUAUCUCGAAUGCGGAGUCGCGCUAAUCAAGCUGUUACGGCCGCUAUGGAUCUUGGCUUGCAUUGUUUAGGUAUUACAGCAAUGGAGGCACCACGCCGCGCCUGGUGGAGUGCGAUGUUUGUGCUUUAUCUAUCAUCUGUUGACCAAAAAGUAUCACCCAUCAUCACACUCGAUGAUAUCAGAAUAACAACACCCUAUCCUUCAUUUAACACAACAUUAGAGCCCUGGCCGCUGCUCCUACAGGCCGAAAAGACACUCAUUACUGUCUGGCAAACUAUGGACAAUAAUGAGGCCCAUCCAGCGAUGACCGCAGCGUCAUCCAACAUGUCUGAGAAAAUCCAGCAAUUAGACUCACAUAUAUUCACUAUGAUGAGACGGUUGGAAGUCACGCCUUCCAUCGAACAACUUCGGACAGGACCCGACGCACGUGCAGUACGGAAUAUGCUGCUGAUUGCCCGACUCUUGAUUCAUCUAGCUCGCGUAAGACUUCAUCGAUACCGUGCAUUCAUGGACAUACCCUUGUUCCUGAACAAGCAUUGCAACAUAGCCGCCAUCCAGGACAAGGCAGAGCCAGCCCAACUACGUUCUCAACCGAGAUUCGAGUCUUUCUUUCCAUUUACUGAAGAACAGUCGUCGUCAAUAUGCCUCAAAUCAGCACUUGCUAUAUCACGCGCCUUUGAAGAUUUAGGCUCUCGCAGUUCUCGAUAUAAGCUAUCAGCAUCAUCUCAUAUACUGCCAUUUUUUGUCUGUGGCGCUAUGCAGAGCUCUUACGUGUUGCUCAUGACGUACUACAGACUUCGUGCAGCGCUGAUCUCCGAUCAAGUGUCGACUUAUCGCCACCUUCUACAUCAGCCCGAAUCGGACACAGAAAUACAAGACACCGAGAGGUUGCUGCGCGAACUUCGACAGGGCGUUGAGUCAAUACUUGGUUCCAUGGAAUCGGCUAAUAUGUUCGAGGGAGUAAGCGGUAUAGGGCAGGAGAUACAGGCGGCAUAUCAUGCUGCCUUUUCGGCGAAUACUUGACGUACAUUGCCGCGGCGAACCCUUGCUGUUUGAUUGGGUAGCGAGGUGCGGUGAUUGCCGGUCGGCGAUGUAAUAGUAUCGGUAUUUAUAUCAAAGACUGCGGUGGGGUCGCACGAUACGCGUAAUAUACGUUCUAUGCUAAUAACUCUGUUCCAUUUUACAUGAGCAGAAGUGAAC